AUGCAGGGUGCCGGGGCCCCCGGGGGCCAGAGCCGGGCCCCCUGCGGGACGGGCGCCCGGAGCCGGCCCCGGGUCCUCCUGCUCACCUACCUGCUGACCACACUGGACCUCACCUGCCUCUUCAUGCAGUUCUCCGUGCUGCCGUACCUGUCCCGCAGGCUGGGCCUGGACUCCGUGGCCUUCGGCUACCUGCAGACGGUCUUCGGUGCGCUCCAGCUGCUGAGCGGGCCCAUGUUCGGCAGGUUCGCAGACCAGCGCGGGGCGCGGGCCGCCCUCACCGCCUCCUUCCUGGCCGGCUCGGCGCUCUACCUGCUCCUGGCGGCCGCCUGCAGCCCCGGCCUGCCGGGCACCGCCCUGCUCUUCGCCUCGCGCCUGCCCGCCCCGCUGCUGCACACGCUGCCAGCCGCCCAGAUGGUGGUCGCGGACCUGUCGGCGCCGGCGGAGCGGCCGGCAGCCCUGGGCCGCCUGGGCCUCUGCUUCGGCGUCGGCACCAUCCUGGGCUCGCUGCUCGGCGGGACCCUGAGCGCCGCCUGCGGGAUUCAGUGUCCAGUCCUCGUGGCUCUCGUGGCCAACCUCCUGGGAGCCGCCCUCAGCGCCACCUGCAUCCCCGCCAGCACCAAGGGGGCCCAGGCCCAGGCUGCCCCGCCCGGGCUCUUCAUGGUCAUGUUCUCCAUCAUCUGCAUGGACUUCUUCCGGCUGGACGCCGCCCAGGCCGGCUACCUCAUGUCCGCCUUCGGGGUCCUCCUGAUGGUCAUCCAGGGCCUGGUCAUCGGCCGGCUGAGCAGCCGCUUCUCGGAGGCCGCCCUGGUCCGGGCCAGCGUGCUGGUGCUCAGCCUGGUGGGCCUGGCCAUGGCGCUGAUGUCCACCGUGUUCCACUUCUGCCUCCUGAUGCCCGGCCUGGUCUUCGGCCUGUGCCUGCUCAACGUGGUGACGGACAGCAUGCUGACCAAGGCCGUCUCUGCCUCGGACACCGGGACCAUGCUGGGCCUCUGUGCUGCCGUGCAGCCGCUGACCCGCACGCUGGGGCCCACGCUGGGCGGCCUGCUGUACCGCGGCUUCGGCGUCCCCGCCUUCGGCCACGUGCAGCUCGCCGUCAACCUGCUCGUCCUCCUGGCCCUCUGCAGGCAGCCCACGCCCCGGAAGGCGGACAAAGUGCAGUGA